ACAGUUGUCCUCAUCAGUCAUCACACCCUGGAGCCUGUGCUCCGUCCCGUCUAUGAAUAGCCAGCCCACCCAUUUUCUUAUCCCUCCCUCUUCUUCGUUCGUCCCACCAAAAAUCUCUCCCCGUCUCCCUCGUCUCUCUCUCUCUCAGCCUAGCCCUCCUUUGCUCCAUCUCUCUCUCUCUCUCUCCUCUUCCCACCACCAAGGCUUGGAUCUGUGAAGGAGAAAAUAGACUGAAAGUAGAAAGAUGAAUAGGUGUGCAUAUCCAAGCCAGCAGCAGAAGGCAGCCUUGGUGGGAUUGGGAUUGGGAUUGGGUUUGGGAAUGAGUAAUUAUGUUGGAGUUGGAGGAGACUCUUUCUUCAACUCUUCUUCUUCGUCGUCUACGGCUGCUGCUUGUCCAAACGGCGUCGUAUGUCCUAAGCCUCGUCGACUUGUUAAUAAUGACCCCAUAAAUGUCAGACCCUCCAGAAUUGUUCAUACCAAUAAUCAACAGAUGGAGAGCUGCGAGUCAAGGGCAGGAUCAGAGCUCCUGGACAUAAUUCUUGCAAAGGGUAAUUAUGGAGCUGGAGCUGAGAAGCCCAAUUUUCAGGUGGCUUCAUCUCCUCCAUUUUUCAAUGGAUCACCACCGGUUAGAGCCUCAAAUCCUUUAAUCCAAGAUGAACAAUUUGGGAUUGGGAAGAUGAGUCCGCUAUCAUCUCCUCCAAUGGGAUCGUCAGCUUCGCCGCCGUCGCGAAAAAACAGCGGAGGAGGAUCAUCUGGCCGCGUGAAAUGUGGGAAUCAGCCAGCUCCGGUGAGAAUUGAGGGCUUCAACUGUCGCGGCAUUUCUGCUGUGAUGGCCUAAAAAAAAAGAGAAAAAUUGAAAGCCCUUUUUUUACCUCAAAACAUAACAUAUUAUAUGAUUAUAACAAACAGGUGUAGAGAAGAUUUUUAGCCCAUAUGUCAAAGGUUAAAAAAACAAAAAAGGGAUUGAGUGAGAGUGAGGGAGAGGGGAUUGAUGAGGAAGAAAUUAUAUUAUUGUUUUGUUUAGUUUUGUAAAUAGAGGAGUUUAAGGAGAAAAAAAAAGGAGAGUGAAUGUGAAUAUGUAAUGAGGAAGUUGAUCCAAGGAAACAACAAUAAAAAAGCAAAGAGAAGGUAUGGCAAUUUCAUGCUUCUCUUUGCUUAUGAUGAUUUUUAGGUUUUGUGCUUCUAGGCCAUGAAUUUGGCUCUUUGGAGUAAGAAAGCACUAGAGAAACUUUUGUAAUUGAUAAAGUUUGCCUUCUUUCUUGUCCUUCAUUGUAAUUGUGAUUCGAAGGCAAGGACAUGAUGGUCUUUUUAUCAAGUUCCUGGGAAUUUUCCCUUCAAU